AUGUCUGGUGUCAAGCGUCAACGAGAAGAAGAAGAAGACGAAGAGGACGACGAGAGUUUUCCGUGUCCAUCCUGUGGCGAACAAGUGGACGACAGUGCGGGUGGAUCCUGUGGCGCUUGUGGCAUUCUGUAUUGCGACGAAUGUUUAUUGGCUCAAUGCGACGUUUGCAAAGAAAAAAUUUGCGAAAAGUGUCUGGCAUAUCCGGGCUGCAAAGCGUGCGAAGAUGAGAUUACGCUGUGCACCGAGUGCGUCGAGGACCACGUACAAACAUGCUCUCGCAAAAGUCGCGCCCGACGAAGUGUCACUACCGAAGAAACCGCCAUACAGCAGUAUCAAGAUCAAAUCCAACAACUCACGAGCUCCAUUGCAUCGCAGCAGGCGCAACUCAAGGAAGCAGAGGAGAAUUUGAAAUUGGCCAAAAAGAGAAAAACAGAUUCCGAAAGUCUUCUCAAAAAGGCAUGA